CGCCCUCAACCACAAUGGCCCGCCCUACACCAAAUGCAGUCAACAACAUCCUGCGUGGUUCUCUCGGCACGAUGCCCGGUCCAGGAGGAGCAGGAAGCAUAGGUCAUUACACGCAGCCGUGCCGUAAAGUCGUCCUUUCGUACUGCGCUUCUUCUCCCGCUUCGGCGGGCGUCAGGGAUUGGCUUACAAAGAAGUGGGGCGCUGUCCAGCUUGCAAAGCAGUGGCCACAGAUCGAGUGGGUGGUCAAGGAGGGAAAGAGGGGCAGCGAGCCGCACGUCACUGCGCACUAUGUCAACUCCCGCACCAAGACCGUCGGUCUGCAUGCCUUCCCCUCUUCUACGGUAUCAGAAAAGAUGCACCUCCUCCUCUCCUCGACGGGCCGCAAGCUCGCCGGCUCUGGUUCCACUCAAGGGUUUAAUUCCUCCGAGUCGAGGAACUACAAGAAGAACGUCAUCGAGACGACAAAGGGAAUGGAGCCUGCUAGAGGGCAUUGGAGCCAGUUUGGUACGGAGAGGAAGGCGAUCGGUGCGGCAGUGGAUGAUGCGAAGAAGCAAUCAUGAGAGAGAGCGCAGGAGACGGAGGUAGACGAGAAGCAUACAGGGACGAAGCAGG